GUAUGUACUGCGUGCUCGGAUCCCCCCCGCCCGGCCAGACAGUCUUCUGUUUGCCGUCGGACCGGACCCCAACAGCGUCCGUUCCAGGGAACGUCAGAAUCACCUGAAAAUGAUGGCGAAAACAGCAGCAGUCCGACUAUGUUGCAUACUGUCAAUGUUGUGUGCUGUUGACACCGGUGUCAUGUCUUUCACGAACUGUGACGGCUUGAUCUGCCCUGAGGGCUCAUCCUGCCAAGUGUCAACCACCUCGGUGAACGGCCAUCAACAGACCGUGAAGACUUGCACAGACUCAGAAGGGAACGUGAAGGCACGCUCUAUCACCAGCGAUCACUCCAGCCGGAGAAACUCCAUCCAGAGCAGCAGCUUCGUGACGAGCGGCGGCGGACGCGGCUGCACCCAGCAGACCAGCACCGUGAACGGCAAGACCACCACCACCUACAGCUGCAGCGAUCCGGAAGACAUUCAGAAGGUGAAGCAGGUGGGAGAAGAGAUGCAAAGGAGGAUGACAGAAGUUCAGCAGCGGAUGGCGGGAAUGAUGACGGAAAUGAACCAAGGAAUACAGAACCGUGUGAUGGAGAACAUGCAGAUAAUGAGGCAGAACCUAGGGUAGUAUGUUUAAUGGUUUCCCGUUUAAUGAGAGAAUAGCUCUCAUUAAGAAUAUUUAUUUGUGAUGAUAUACAUUAACAGGGGAAAAUUCAGAAGAGCUAACAAAUUAAUUGUUGGGAAAUCUACAACUGAUAUAUAAUAUUACAAGGACAGUGAAUAAAAACAUCAGUUCUUGAAGAUAAAUUAUAAUGACAAGGUGAAUUAUGCUUGAGUUAAAAAUGUCUGGAUAUUUGCAUAUUCAUAAAAAUAACAUAUCUACUGGAUGGAUCAACUUUGUUUAUAAAAUGCAAAAUAUAACUUUAAAUGUUAUCACUGUGUAUUACUUUGUUUGACAAUAAAAAAAGGGGUAAAAUUA